GCAUUUUACCUUAGCUUAAACUUUAUUUCACUUGUAUUUAUUUCGUGCAAGUGCAAGUGCUGAGUAUGUGGUUUACAAGGGCUCAGAAACCCAGAGAGGAUGAGCAUUUUAUUGUUGAGCAACAAUUGGAUGAAACAAUUUCGUGUUUUUGCAGAAAGGCAAGACGGAAGGACCGAGAAGGCGCCGACAACGCAAACGCUGGCGACUCGAAAUUAUAUCUGGAGUCGGCCGUGCUCGAGAACAAGCUGCCCGAGCUGGAUAUGCGACUGAUGGUCGAUUUGCCACCUGGAUUAGAUUACAAUGAAUGGCUGGCAUCACACACUAUGGCUCUAUUUGAUCACGUGAAUUUAGUCUACGGCGCCGUUAGUGAAUUUUGUACGAAUAGUGGAUGUCCAGACAUGACUGGUCCCGGUCAGAGGACGUAUUUAUGGUUCGAUGAGAAGGGCAAAAAGACGCGCGUCGCUGCGCCUCAAUACAUAGAUUACGUUAUGACGUUUACGCAGAAAACGAUAAGUGAUGAAAACAUUUUUCCUACUAAAUAUGCUAAAGAAUUUCCAUCGUCCUUUGAAUCAAUAGUCCGUAAAAUCCUACGGCUGCUUUUUCACGUGGUGGCGCAUCUCUAUGCGGCGCACUUCAAGGAAGUUGUCUUGCUCGGCCUGCACGCCCACCUAAAUUUGACGUUCGUCCACCUCACAGCGCUGCAUAAUCGCUUCGCGUUGAUUGAAACAAAAGAAACCGAAGUACUGCGUGAUUUAGAGAUUGCCUUGCGUCUCACGGAGGACAGCAGCAGCGCUGCACAAGUUGUGAAUGCCCAGGAAGGCACUGCUGCGACUGCAAGUGGCGGAGGCAUCGACGGGGAGUCAAUAGAAGCUGGCGUGGAGGCGUUCGCACACACGGGCGACAAUACAACCGGGAAAAAUGCUGCUUAAACCAACUGCUUCGGUGGCCACGCGAGGAUGUUUAGCAUUUUAUCAAAUUAGCGGGCGGACGGGGGAGGCAUGUGAUUUUCCAAGACAUAUUAGUGACUUGUUUAAUUUUUAGCGCUACCAAUUUUUUAUUUAUUGUUGUACCUUUUGUUGAGGUUGCAGUUGCUUUGUAAAUAGAAAUCAAAAACAGGUUGGAAUUGAGGUGUAGUAAUAGUGUACUUACAAGUGAACACAAACACUGGAUUUCUAUAGUGUCCUAGGAGGGCGGUUUUAGCGUUGAAUUGAAUUUUCCUAUAUUAGUCCGUAUUGAGCUGUUUACUGUUGCAUUGUUUCGUUUUGUUUGUUUGUUUUGAGUAUUGUUACAAGACGCUAACCGAAAUUAACAAAAUUGAGAUGAUAUGCAAUGUGUGUGAUAGAGAAACCUAUUUUCAAUUAGAAACAAGACCUGAUUAUAUAUUAAACAAUUUCUACUAGAGGAGUACUUGGGUGAAACUAAAACUAUAUACGUCUGAUAUGUGAUUGUUGCGAAACUAAGUAGAGAAAACGAGCUGAGCGAAACGAAAGCGCCUCUUAUUUUUCUUGUUGUACAGUGUUGACUUGUAAUUUGUAAAUUCUUCUCGAUUGAUAUAUGAAUAUAUAGGAGAGAUAUAUAUUGUAAAGUGCAGACACACGCAGAAAUUAUCACUCUAUGAAAUGAA